UAUCAGCUGCUGUUCUGAGCUGCCCAGAAAUAAAUAAAUGCCUUUGUUCAGCCCGUUGGCAUUUGGAAAUUUCUUCCAGUCUAUUUAAAACACUGCACUUUCAAGUUCUCUUGGCUUUGUUGUGGGCCUUGCCCUGCUGUACGUCCUGCCUCUCCCCUUUCUGAUACCCCCUCUCUGUUCCAUGUUAACGCAGGCCUGCAGUUUGCUCCUAAACCAGCUGAAAGAGAUCACAGGCGUUCACAAUCCGUUGUUCCUCCAGGCGGCACUGAAGGCUGCAGGUGGAAACCUAAUGCAGGCGGUUGGCUUCCUCCCUGAAGGCCACGACCAAGAGUCGGGGGGAGACCCCGCUGCCGGCGAGGGAAGGGAAAGGCAGGCGGCCACUCUGAAUGAGGCCCCACAAGAUCAUGCCGGUUUUCAGGAACCCGUUUCUUCUGGCGCCCAAGAUCUUUCAGCUGACAAGAAGGAUUUUCUUGCAACAAUGAAUGCACACUACGAGCCCAGUAUGGCCGAAAACAAAAAUCGUUCCAAAAGGAAGCGCUGUGAAGUCUGGGGAGAGAACGCUACUCGGCGUGACUGGAGGCGAGCCAGAGGCUGGCCAGCUGGGAUGAAGAACAUUGGAAACACCUGCUGGUUCAGUGCGGUCAUACAGUCUCUCUUCCAGCUGCCAGAAUUCCGGCGCCUGGUUCUGAACUACUCCCUUCCAGAAGCGGUCCUCGACAACUGCCGCAGCCGAAGCGAAAAGAGGAACAUUGCAUUCAUGCAGGAACUCCAGUAUCUCUUUGCUUUAAUGCUGGGAACACGCCGUAAAUUUGUAGACCCGACUACUGCACUUGAACUUCUCAGAGGGGCGUUUAGAUCUCCUGAGGAACAACAGCAAGAUGUGAGUGAGUUUACCCACAAACUCCUGGAUUGGCUUGAAGAUGCUUUCCAACUGACAGUGGAUGUUAAGAAUUCCCAGGACAAAUCGGAGAACCCAAUGGUUCAACUUUUUUAUGGGACUUUUCUAACUGAAGGGGUUCAUGAAGGGAUAACGUUUUCCAAAAUAGAGACCUUUGGGCAGUAUCCCCUGCAGGUGAAUGGCUACAAGAAUUUGCAUGAAUGCUUGGAAGGAGCUAUGGUGGAGAAGGAGAGCGAGCCGGGCCCUUCUAAGCAGCCGGUGACCUAUAAGCAGGAGCGCUGGUUUACAAAGCUCCCCCCAGUGCUGACAUUUGAACUUUCCCGGUUUGAGUUCAACCAGUCCCUCGGGCAGCCGGAGAAGAUACACAACAAGCUAGAAUUCCCACCAGUCAUUUACAUGGAUAGGUUUAUGUAUGGUAAUAAAGAGAUUAUUCAAGCUAAAAGGGAAGAGAUCGGGAAACUGAAAGAUCAGAUGACAGUUCUGCAGCAGCAGUUGGAAAAGUACGUAAGAUAUGGUUCUGGGGCAGACCGCUUCCCCUUGCCGGAUAUGCUGCAGCACGUUCUUGAAUUUGCAAGAACCAGGCCUUCCGCAGCUACGUCCUGUGCAGCAGCUGUGACGCCGGCAGAAGCUCAGGCAGAGGAAGAAGCCUCAGACGCGCACACCAAGCAGAGCAGGUGCCCAGCCGAGACGUCAGAAGAUCCUGCUCCUCGGGCCGUCUCUACAGAUGAAAUGAACCUUGUCAUCAGCUGCUUGCAGCAGUGGCGAGAAGAGGUUGAGCAAGACAUAAAAGACCUGAAGACCUCCAUGGUGCUGCUUUCCGAGUCGAUGGACCAGGUCUAUGCCGAUCCUGAACUCCGCCAGGUCCCUUAUCACUUGCAUGCUGUGUUGGUCCAUGAAGGCCAGGCCAAUGCUGGCCAUUACUGGGCCUACAUCUACAACCCGCCUCAAAGGAACUGGCUCAAAUAUAAUGACAUUGCGGUGACAGAGUCUUCCUGGGAAGAGCUGGAAAGGGAUUCGUUUGGUGGCUCGAAGAAUGCCAGCGCCUACUGCCUCAUUUAUGUUAGUAAAAAGCUACCACACUUUGCAGCAGAUUAUGAUGAUGGACAAACAGAGAGAGAAGUAGAAGUGCUGCCUCUGGAACUUCAGCGCUACAUAGAAGAGAACAACUGGAGGGUAGAACAGGAGAUGGCCGAGCUGGAAGAACAGUCCUACAAAAUGGCCCAGAUAGAUCAGUCCUCCCCAUCUCUGGAGUCCCAGAACCUGUCUUCUGGCUCAAGUCAAGAGCACUCCAUCCCCUGGGAGUGUGGGACGCAUCUGCUCUCCUCUGAGCACACCACGAUGGCGAAGGAGCAGACUGCCCAAGCCGUCGCCAAGACCGCCGAUGCUUGUGAGACGGAGGGAAUCCCAGCUGCUCUUGAGCAGUCCGAGGAGGCAGAUCCAGAGAAGGCCCUCCCAGAAGAAGCCAGCCCCCCAGCUCAGGCAGAAGAGCCACAGGAAACGGAGGGGACGGAGCCUUCUGCCCCACCCAGCUCUCAAGUCUCUGAAGUGGAGAUCCCCAGUGUGGGGAAGAUCCUAGUGAGAUCGGAUGCGGAUGGCUAUAACGAGGAGGUGAUGCUUAGCCCUGCCAUGCAAGGGGUGAUCCUGGCUAUUGCUAAAGCCCGUCAGACCUUUGAUCGUGAUGGGUCUGAAGCAGGGCUAGUCAAGGCGUUCCGUGAAGAAUAUUCCAGACUCUAUUCGUUGUCUAGAGAGACCCCAACACCACAGAAUGAUCCCCGCCUUCAGCACGUCUUAGUUUACUUGUUGCAGAACGACGCACCCAAGCAAGUGGUGGAACGGACCCUCCUGGAGCAAUUUGCAGACAAAAAUCUCAGCUACGAUGACAGGUCAAUUAGCAUUAUGAAGGUAGCACGGGAAAAGUUGAAAGGAAUUGGCCCAGAUGAGGUGGACAUGGAAGAGUACAAGAAAUGGCACGAAGACUACAGCUUGUUCCGCAAGGUGUCCGUUUAUCUCUUGACGGGGUUGGAGCUCUAUCAGAAAAAUCAGUACUGCGAGGCUCUGACCUACCUGGUGUAUGCUUACCAGACCAACGCAGUCCUGCAAGCGAAAGGACCCGGCAGGGGUGCCGACUCCUCCUUGAUCGCUCUUUACAGGAGGAAGUGCCUCUUGAAGCUGAACGAUGCUGCGGCUGCCCUGUUCGAAAGCAGCGAUGGGGAAGACGCGGAUCAAGGUGUGAGCCUCUUGAAUGAGCUCAUCAUCCCCUGCAUGCACCUUCUCACGAGCAACAAUGUCUCCAGAGAUGACCUGGACGCCAUUGAGGUCAUGAGGAACCGCUGGUGCGCAUACCUGGGAAAGGACAUGGGUGAAAAGUUGCAAAUGAAGCUGGGUGAAUUUCUGCCCCGCCUCCUGGAUUGCUCUCCAGAGGGAGUUGUUCUGAAAGAGCCCCCCAAGAUCCGCCCGAACUCACCCUACGAUCUCUGCAGCCGAUUUGCAGCUGUUAUGGAGUCCAUUCACGGGGCCUCCGCGGUGACUGUGAAGUAACAGUGGCCAGCCAUCUUAGCUUAAGCUCCAGGGGCCACUGAGCCCCCCGAGAGUGGAAUCCAGCUGCCAGACGACUUUGGGAAGGAUCCUUGAGGAGAGGGACUGCACGGAAAGAAUCCACCUUCAGCCUGAACAGAGAUCCUGUGGAUGUCUAGGAAAGUGCUAGAAGGUGUGUGGUGCUCUUUGGCACGCGUUACUUACAUGCAGGCACUAAUUUUGGAACGUGCACUGAGGUUUCAAGUUACACUUUGGCUUUAGCUCCUGCAGGGAAGUUGUGGGAAACGUUUUUAGAAGAAAUCUGCAGUUUUAAACUAAACAUUGUAUAUAGACAAUUCCAUCUUGCCAAAUUGGCACAUUAUCUGGCCGGUGCUUCUUGAGAGCAUGUGAUGUGUACCCCUUUAACAUUUUAAAGGUCCCUGCCACACGUGCUGAUCUCCUGACGGGUUAAUUUGGGCUCCAUGAAUGGGUCAGUGCAUGGGAGUGAAUUUAAUUGUGUUGAGGGCUGCAUGGAAUACUGGCAAGGGCCCCUGAGCCCUUGGCGGCCUCAAAGCACAGCACGUUCAGGCAUAAGCAGAGUCAUAGCCAGGGGGUUAAAUGACAUGUAUGUUACCUCUGGGUGAAGGAACCUAAACUGUAAACAAGGUUUAUUCUCAUGGUGAGACGAUACACCUGUUGGCAGUCCAUCGGCUGUCUUGGGUAGCCAUUCUUGUACAUUCUGCGGAUGAGCAACUCAGAACCGCCGUUGCUGUCGGCUUAGGACCUGGCAAUUGUGCCGAGACUGAAUGAGGACAACACAACUGCAGAGCCAGUCCCAGCAGGGGCUAGAGGUGGGAAGCAGCUUUUGUGAACCUCCCCAAUCAUAUUUCCUUGAACAUCAAUCACUGAAGUUUAAUUAUCUGGGUAGUAUUGGCAAAUAAAUGCACUGAAGUCCAGAUAAAACCAUGUUUAAUAACUCACACUUUUACCUGUUAUAUUUUCCUCAAGAUAUUUUAAAGUAAUCUGUUUUUAUUAGAAUGCUAACAAAUCAAGAUGGAAAUACAGAUUUGAUGAGAUUUCUGGUUUCAAAGUGCAAUAAAUGUUACCCUAUUUAAAGA